AACUUGAUUCAUGCUUGCGUCUUUCAGAAAUGGCCGAGAUCAAUGAGCGUGCUUCUACAUCUUCACCUCCAGAACCGUCAACCCCAGCUCCUGGUCCUGAGAUCAAGCAGCUUGCUGAUGCAAUGUAUGACAGAGUCGGCGCAUUCCUGCAGUCUCAAAUACAAGGAAGCAUCGAUGAGUAUAAACUCUUAGAGGAUAUGAAUCGAACCACUGCACAACGCUACGUCGACAUGAGAAUUGUGGCUGAGAAGAUUGCCGAAAAGCUUUCACGGCUAAAUAAUAAAUAUGAAUCCUUGCGGCCCUACUUGCAACAAAUUGAUGAGAUGGACGAGAGUACUAGAAGACUUGAGGAAGCAGCAAAUGUCCUCGAUCAGUACGUCACAGGACUAGAAGCUAAGCUGCUGACCCUUCAACAGGACAGUUCGUCAUCGUAACGGCAGUUUUAUGCUACAACGCUGUUGAAAUGUAAACAUAUGUAAUGUCUAGUCAACACUACUUGAUGCGAUCAUUUGGUUUCGUUUUUGUCAGAGUGAUAAAUUUAUAAAAGAUAUCUGAUUGGUCGUGAAAUAAUUAUAUGUUUUGUGAUCUAUACUUUUUUGUCCUAUCUUCUGUGUACUACUUUAGCUACAUUCAUAACAC